AUGUGCAAAGUUAGUGGGAAACUUUCUUCCAAGGAUGAAAAAUUGCUUGAUAAAAAUAAGCUUAUAAAAGAACCACAUAUCUGUAACCUCUGCAGUAUGCAGUUCAUGACAAAAGCAAAACUAAAAAUCCACAUGAAUUGCCACAAUAUGUGUAAGCGGUAUAAAUGUGAUUUGUGUGGCAAGGAAUGUAUAUCAGAAAAACUGCUCAUAAGUCACAAAGGAACUCACAGUGAUAGUCGUCCAUUUGAAUGUGAUGUUUGUAAGCGGAAGUACAAAAGGCCAAAUGAAGUAACAAGACAUAAAAAGAUACAUGAUGGAGACAGGAAGUUUGUUUGUGAUAUUUGUGGCUAUGCAGCUGUGUACAAGUCAUACUUAGAAGUUCAUAAGAAGAGACAUUUGGGUGAAUUUCGUUUAAAGUGUGAGUUGUGUGGUAAAGGGUUCUUCACUAAUUUUGAACUACAGGGACACAUGAAUGUUCACAAAGGUGAUAAACCAUAUCAGUGUGACAUGUGUAGCAAGGCAUUUUUUCACAAAUCUCAUAUGCUCACACACAGGCAAACAUGUCAUCCAGCUGAACUCGAACAUUUUCAGUGUGACAAGUGUGGUAAAGACUUCCAAAACAAGCGGUAUCUAGUAGCACACUUCAAAACCCAUGCCACAGCCACUCAGUUCUUGUGUGACAUUUGUGGUAAGUCAUUGACCAAUAACAAUUCACUGAAACUGCACAGACUUGUGCACACAGGUGAGAAGCCACACACAUGCUCUGUAUGUGGGAAAGCAUUCUCCAAGAUUACUACUCUGAGUAUGCACCGUGUGACCCACACAGGGCAGAGGCCCUAUUCAUGCAAAACAUGCAGCAAGUCAUUCACACAACGCACCUCUCUGGUGGUUCAUCAACGCUACCACACUGGUGAAAGACCCUACAAGUGUCAGAUAUGCAACAAGGGCUUUGUGUCAAGGGCAUCACUCAACUUGCAUUACAAGAAUCAUUAA